CCCAAGCCUCCAAUCUCGAAUUCUUCCUCUCAUAUUCCUCCUCCUACUAAACUUUCCCACAUGCCUUUAUCCAUGCAAUCCCCUCCAAACGUCCUCGUUCAAAGUCAAAACAAUAUAAUGACUCAAAUCACUUCUCCGACCCUUAUGCAACCUCCUAAACUCACCACUACGUCCCCGUUCGGUCAAGCAUCAUCCAGAGGUAAUCUGUUUGAAUCAAACUUUCAUCUCACCCCUUCUUCCAUCCCUGUCCCGACUCACAAAUCUUCCACUCAUUCGCUCAAAGCGCGAAAUACGCCGAGUAAAUCUUUAGGAAACGCGGGACGUACGCCCAUGAAGACUCGUUCGGCAAUACGACACAAGACGUCAGGAUUGAGCGCUGUGAAGAGUAGGGGAGAUCCGAAGGAUGAGAUGGAGGUAAGGGCUAGGAGGUUGGAGAUUCGGGCAAGACAAGAGAGGGUAGCAGAGGAGAGGGAAUUGAGGGCAAUGUUGGGUGAAGAUGUUGAUAUGAAUUAAGGUUAUGGAACACAAGUCUCUCCUUGUGCUAUGUACAUCAUUUGGGAUUGUUAGGGAAUGGUGAAGGGAGGUUUCAUAUAGGUGAGCAGUAUUGCGUAUGACUUCAAUGCAUACAUACACGUCAUCA